UUUUAUGUAUUUUUUUUAUCAAAAUAAUUAAAUUGAAAUGGAAAAAAUGGUCCCUUAACCCAGAGUCAAAUUGUCUAUUUGUAUGGUGGUUAGUGUGUCUACUACUAUUUCUUUACAUUCCCAUUACAUUCUUCUCACCUUCAAAUCUCUUUCCCCUUCAGUCCAAACAACCCUUAACACCUACAAUCUAAUCCAUGUAAUUUUCUCAUUAAUCAUGAUACACUAAACCCACUAUUAUUUUUUUCUUUUUCUCCUAGCUAGGCAUGUAUAUACACAAAUUUAUAUAUAAAACGGUCUCACUGCGUCUUAUACACGGGUUAAAUAGCCAAAUAAUACUUAGUAUUUGAACCUCUUGUUUUGAGGUUGGCUCAGUCUGUCACGAGAUUAGCUACAAUAAUAUAUAGUACCAAUAUAUUUUUAUUGCAAGUCACUGUUAUACUAAUAAGUUUGACAACAUGGGCUUUUUCUUGGGUUGUUUGGGGUGCACAUCGGGCUCUCAGACGAAAUCUGAUGACCGAGAUUUCCCCAAAAAAGUGUCGGUUGAUGAUGAGGCGGUGGCGGAGGUGGUGAAGGUGUUGAAGAGGUUUAGUUGGGCUGAGAUAGAGAAGAUGACUAUGAAUUUCAAAGAAGUGAUUGGUGUAGGAGGAUACAGCACAAUUUACCUUGCUAAGUUUCCUGAUUCAUAUUUAGGUGCAGUCAAGAUUUAUAUAAGUAGUGAAAGGCUUAAUCAAGUGUUUAAGAGUGAAUUAGAGAUCUCCCAAAAACUUCAUCAUGCUAAUAUUGUCAAACUCCUUGGUUAUUGUGAUGAUAGAGAUGAAGGAGUUCUUGUAUAUGAGUACAUACCAAAAGGGAACUUACAAGAAGAACUUCACAACAACAAUGAAAUCCCUUGUACAACCCCACAAAACAAUAAACCCAACAAUUUAAACCCACAAAAACAAAAACUUUCAUGGAAACAGAGGAUUUCCAUAGCAUACCAAUUAGCACAAGCACUAGAAUACCUCCAUGAAAAUGGUGAUCUUCAUAUAGUUCAUGGAGACAUUAAAUCCUCCAAUAUACUCUUAGAUGAAUGUUAUAAUUGUAAACUUUGUGAUUUUGGGUUUUCCAAAAUGGGUUUUUCUUCAAUGAUCAAACCAUUUUCUUCUUCAUCUGGGCUUCCAAUGAUGGGUUCUCCUGGUUACAUGGACCCACAUUACCUUAUGACAGGAAUUGCUUCUAAAAAGAGUGAUCUUUAUAGCUAUGGAGUCAUAUUGUUGGAAAUUAUUACUGGGUUUGAAGCAUUAGUUUGUUCUGGUGUUGAUAAACAGGUUCUUCUUACAACAAUUGUUAGAACUAAGGACAGAUUUGAUGUGGAAAAGGUGGUAAAAAUGGUGGAUCCAUGGAUUGUUAAAGAUGAAGGUUUUGAUAUUGAACAAGUUAAGGCUAUGGCUACCAUUGCAGGAAAUUGUCUUCAUCAUUUGCCUAGUUUAAGGCCUUCUGCUUCAAAUAUUUGCAAGAUUAUUAGAGAAAUAAUGUGUUCUCAUGAAGUGUAGAGGAAAAACAAAUAGGGAUCCCAAUGUGUCGGAUCAGGUGGAUCCAAAUCUAGAUCCGGAUUUGAACCUCAAUCUGCGGGUCCAAAAUUUAGGGAAAUUUGUUAAGACUUAAAAGAGGUUUUUUCUUUGUAGAGACCUCAUGUAUUAGAUGUUACUCAAAUUGAAAGGCUUUUUUCAAUCGCAAUCUAUUCUUGAUAAGGAUAUUGGUCUGUCAUGUCUUCGGCUUGGAUAUGAAAAGAGUCUUUGAGGAGAUUUAAAAUUAGGAUGGAUUUUGUAUAGGUGUUGAGAAGACAGAAGUAUAAAAGAAUUUCUGAUUUGAUGAUACAGAUUGGGAAUGAAUAUUUGCAGUUGAUUUGCAUUUUGGUUUGGUUUGAUAUUGUAAUGAGAGUAAAAGAAAUUGGGUUUCUUUUAGUUUUCUUUAUUUCAUCUUUAAAAAAUUAUGUUAUUUUGUUAUUUUAGUACUCUUUAUUUUUUUAAUUCCUCCAUCAUAGUAAUUGUAUUCUUUAGAGAUACACAAAUUUUGUCGAAACGCGUAUUAAAUAUAUGGACUAAAUAACUCAA